AACCCCUCGAUUCUCAGUACAUCACACCCCCUAACAUGUCUUCUUUGAGGAGCAGACAGAGUUUAAAGUUUGAGUCCACUCAACCUAGACGUUCUGGAAGACUCAAAGAAGAGAGGGUACUAGUAGAAAAGAAUGUCAUUCCCUUGCCGGAAAAAUCAUCUCAGAAGAAACUUGACUUUCCUGCUAGAAAGAGAAGGCAGGCGAGUUCUGUGACACAUAAAAGUGCCAGUCCAACCAAGAAAGACAAAAAUGAUACUGUGUUGGAGAAGGCUAAAUCUGCCUUUCACAGUAGUUUACCAUCUCAUCUUAUGUGUCGAGAUGAAGAAAUCGAUCAUAUGCAACUAUUUUUACACAAACACAUGGAGUCCAAUAGUCCUGGAGCUAUGUAUGUAUCUGGCCCCCCAGGCACGGGUAAAACAGCUACUCUGAUGUAUCUGUUGGAUCAAAUAAAGGACAAUGGAAGUGAUACCAUCAUUUUAAACUGUAUGACCUUGACCACUCCUCAAAGUAUUUUUAACAAAAUAGCCUCUGAGCUAGGUCUAAAGAAGGGCUCAGAAAAGGUUAUUAUAGAACACAUCACAUCAUCCGAGAAUAUGAUUUUGCUAGCUUUAGAUGAGAUUGAUCAACUGGAUAGUCGUGGACAAGAAAUAUUAUAUAAACUCUUUGAGUGGCCGAGUCUUCCAAACUCAUGCCUUAUCUUAAUUGGAAUAGCAAAUUCUUUGGACUUAACUGACAGAUUAUUGCCACGUUUGAAAGCUCACCCACACACUACACCAGACCUACUAAUCUUCCCUCCAUACACAAAAGAUGAAAUCAUGCUCAUUUUGGAAGAUCGCUUAAGCCCCGAGACUUCUUCAAUGAUAGAUAGCAUGGCACUACAAUUUUGUGCUAGGAAAGUUGCAGCCGCACAUGGUGAUGCAAGAAAAGCACUUGAUAUUUGUCGCCGAGCUGUUGAAUUGUUUGAGUCUCAGAUGAAAUCCGAGGAAAGUAGUGAAAAGAAUAAAGUGAACAUCAGCCAUGUUUCUUUAAUUAUUGAGGAAGUGUAUGGUGGAACAGUGAAGAGGGCUGAUGUUGCAGGGAGUAUACCAUUGCAACAAAAAUUGAUAGCUUGUUCCCUUUUACUUGCAACAAGAGGAAAGUCAAGCAAGGACGUCCCUCUUGGAAAACUCUAUAGUACUUAUGUGAAAGUUUGUAAGAAACAAGAGCUUCGUUUUGAAAGUCAAAGUGAAUUUGUUUCUUUAGUGAACAUGCUUGAGGCACAAAGUAUAGUGACAAUUAAACGAGGAAAGGAGGUAUUACUUCAUAAAGUCAGUUUACAUUAUGAAGAGUCAGAACUUGCACACAUAUUAAAGGAUCAGGCACUGUUAUCAGCAGUAUUAGAUAAAGGAUUUUAAACAUUUUUAUCUGUGAUUAGAUUGAUCACUAUUAACACUAUUAUAACUCAGUCAAUAUAAUAUUAAACAUGGACAUACAUAUUAUUAUUAUUAUUAUUAUUAUUAUUAUUCAGCAUUAAUUAUGUUCAUUCUGAUACAUAUCCAAAGCAACAUAGCAGCUCUCGCUCACAA